UUAAGCUAUGGUGAUUAAGUGAAAUUUGAAAUAUACAAUAAUUGCAAGCUGCAACUCAAAUAAUUAUUUUUUCAUAUCAAUAUAAAAUUGUGAGAAUACAAUUUAUUUUGAAAAGUAAAAAUGCCUCAUAGUCAUUGUAACCAUGACCAUAGUCAUGAAAAUUUAGAUGAAAUAGGCAUACAAUAUAAUUUAUUUGAAAAAAUUGAUAUAGAAAAUCUUCAAUGCCUGAAUGAAAGUAUUGAUGGAGCUGGAAAAACUGUGUUUAAACCGUGGGAAAAAAGAUUAGAUAGAACACAGUAUGUUGAAAGUGAUGCAGAUGAAGAGUUACUAUUUAAUAUACCAUUUACAGGCAAUAUUAAAAUAAAAGGCUUAAGAAUUUCCUCGGAAGACUCAGAUUCACAUCCGGCUAAAUUAAGACUGUUUAAAAAUAGACCCAACAUGACAUUUGAUGAUGUGUCCAUCGAACCCGAUCAAGUAUUUGAUCUCCAGAAGGAUAGUGAAGGUAUCUUGGAAUAUAGUCCAAAAAUUGUCACAUUUUCGUCAGUUUCACACUUAACGAUGCAUUUUCCAACCAAUUUUGGGGCUGAAAAUACAAAAAUUUAUUACAUUGGUCUAAGAGGGGAAUGGACACCGGGGCACAAGCAUGGUGUAACUAUUUGCACAUAUGAGGCAAGACCAAUGCUUGAAGAUCAUAAAUUAAGUAAUAUAGAUUCUGUUUCUAAGGCUAUUCAAUAGAAAUCAUCUGUCAUAUUUAAUAAAAUCAUCUUAAUAUA